UUCGUUCCUUUCGCCGAGUGUUUGACUGUUGCAUAAAUUAACGUGAAAAUAGGCACAAUCCGCUGAACUAACGUAAAAUCUUAUUGAAGUUUGCUUCACAGCUUCCAUUGACCUCGUCUCCAGAAUGAGAUUUCCACAAUAUAAACCCCAGCAAAGCGAAAAAUUGUAACAGUUUGACAUUGAUAAUCAAGUUGAAUGGCGCGAGAGUAAAAGAAUAAAUUCACUGGAUUAAGAAUAGUAAGCAAAAGUGAUUUCCACUUGUGUGAAUAAAGUGCAUCAAUGAGGCUUGGAAUCCAACUAGCGGUGCUUCUUGCACUGCUAGCCUUUGCUGCAGCGUCUGCCGAUAUAUCGGUUGACCAGAUAAAUCCACCGCCAUCCAUUAAGCUAACGGAGAGUAAAGUAGAAGAAAAAAGUGAUAAAGUUCCAGUGGAAGAAAUUGUUCCUGGAAAAGAUGUUCCAGUUACAAAGUCCGAAGUGGUUCAAACGAAGGAAGAACUGCCAGAUGAAAAAAAGGAAAGUAUUCAAAAGGCACCCAAACCGGGUAUGGAGCCAAAGCCCACCGCUGCUGUAAUGAUGGAUAAGCCUAAGCCUGUCAGUGAAAAAGCUAAAGAAGAUAAACCGGUUCAAAAGGUAAAUAAUGAACCUAUACAAGCUAAGGAUGCAGGUGAACGACAUGGAACUCCAUCUGUGGAAAAUCAAGAGAUAGAUGGAUAUGUGCCCUUGAAAGCAGCGAAUACCGGAAUGCGCUUGCCUCCGAACAAAAUCCGGGGAGGUCAUCAGCCUUCUCAAGCAGCCAAACCUCAUCAUGGAGGCGUAAAUCAACACCAAAAUCAUCAACACCAUCGUCAACAUUCCCAUCUAAAUCAGCAGAACCAGAAUCAGCGUUUACGAGCUGAUAAACGAAAACGACCCAAUCAAGAUAAGAACAAAAAGAAGAGUGGUAACAAGAAACGGCGCACCCCGACAUCCACUUCAGCCCCAGUACACAACAGAAACAAGAAAAAGGACAAAAAGAAAACUCCUCCUGCGAAGCCUGUACCUUCCAAAAAGCCUCCGAAUCGUCAUGGAGCACAAACCAAUCACGUCAACCAUAACAACAAUAAUGUUAACAAUCAAAGGCCUCCUAAUUAUAACAAUCACGCCAACAAUAACAAUCGGAGAAAGGCCACUACGGCCCCUCCCCGAAAUAGAAAUCGGAGGAAACAACCUAAUAACGGAGGCAACCCUAAUGCACGAAGGAAAGUUUCAACGAAGAGCCCCAAUGCUCGCAAGCGUAAGCAGCCUAGCAGAAAAAGGCCGUACUAUAAUGAGCAACUGUAUUGAGAUUUCAUGACUGAUCGAUGCUAGCGGAUUCGGGUUUAGAUUAUAGUAACGUUGGAGGUGCUCAGUUUUACUAAAAUGGGCAGCUUAGGGGAAUUCAGUUCUUAUUUAUAUUUUUCGAUUAGUGAAAGUUAGAAAAAUAAAAGGCUGUUUGUAUGCA